UCCAGUAUACAUUGCAAGUGAAGAAAAUUUUGUUCAUGAUAAGUACGUGACCAUUUUUCUAAUUGUUCUGUUUGAAGUUAGUCCAUUUUUGUCUAUUAAAAACUGAAAUAUAAAGUUAUUGGUUUGUAUUCUUGGCCAGUUUAACACCUUGAAGGGACUGCUCAGUUGAAAUGGAAAUGCCUGGUGAUGGUAGCUCCAUGCACAUGACUAUGCACUCGAUGCAGAUGACAUUCUACGGGACAGACGAAGUGCUGAUUCUUUGGGAGUCAUGGAAAGUCAAAAACUGGUGGCAGCUCCUGUUGUCGUGUGUGUUCUGGUUCGGUGUCUCAGUUGGCUACGAGGGUCUGAAGGCUGCGAGAGAGAGGCUGACUCAUCAUCACGAGGGACCGGAAAAGAGCCUCGAUGACAAUGGGACUCCAAAUAACAGCACCAGCAGCAAAAAUUACACUCUGGGCUCACAAAAGCCUGCAUCUGGAUACUUCAGCAACUUGUUGACGAAGAAGCAUCUAUUGCAAACCCUUCUGCACUUCUUUCAAGUGGCCAUGGGAUAUCUGAUCAUGCUUGUGGCCAUGACGUUCAAUGUAUGGCUCUUCGUGUCCAUAAUCAUGGGCUUUACAACCGGAUACUUCUUCUUCGGCCAGUGGAGCAAGCCUCGUGAACUUAAUGGAGAGCACUGUCUUCCCUGAUAAAUUCCCACCACUUAGACAUCAUUUUGCCUGUCUAAACUUCAAUUCCGAUUGUUGAUGUAAAUAUUUAACAUUUUAAUUCUUGUCAAAUGAUUGGCAAUAUUGACACCUUUAAGCACGAGUAAAAUCGCCAGUUUUCAGUCAAAAUGAGCUUUUAACUCCUUUCAGAUUUGUUGAUUGAAAAAGGAUACUGCCAACCAUUCGGCGUUAACUAGACAUUUAUUGAAGGACUGAUAUAAACUUUAUGAAAAGACUUUACUGGAA